AUGGCCUUUGCGAAGAUACCGGAAUGCAUCACGACCAAAGAUGAAUACGACACCAGCAUUGGAAAGCUACGCUUCUUCGAUGGUCUUCCAGAUGAAGCUACGAUCCAGAAAGUCUACGACAAUCUUGACCGAUCCAGGGCGAUGCAUGCAUUUCUGGACAUGAUUCCUCUGGCUUCCAUUGAAGCCAUGAGAGCAGGCUUCGUAGAAAUCGGAUGUGAUGCUUGUCACAAGGUGAUUCUCUUCGGAGACCUAAUGGACAGCCACUCUCUUUUCUUGACUGGAAAUACUGAUACGGUCUAUGUAGCAUCCAUCCUGAAUUUGGGCGAGGAUGGUCCAACUGUCAUUGAAGUGCCAGGUGGUGCUGGUCCUGGAACCGUGAACGAUGCAUACUUCCGCUUCGUAUGUGAUAUGGGAAAGCCUGGCCCAGAUAAGGGUGCUGGAGGAAAGUAUCUCAUCAUUCCUCCGGGCUAUGACGGGCAGGUGCCCGAUGGCUACUUCGUCUUCCACUCUCCGACAUUUACAAACUUUGUUGUCAACAGAGGCUUUUUGAAAGAUGGGAAGCCAGAUUCCUCUGCUGCCUUGUGGAGAGAUGGUUUGAAGAUCUACCCUCUGAAAAGUGCAUCAAAUCCGCCCAAGAUGGAAUUCCUCAACGUGUCUGGAAAGUCCAUGAAUACCAUUCACUCCAACGACUUUGGUUUUUUCAACGAGGUCAAUGACGUGAUUCAGCGGGAGCCUAUUGAACUUCUGGACCCGGAAUUACGGGGGAACUUGGCCGCCAUCGGCAUCAGAAAAGGCGAGCCCUUCAAUCCGAGUGAGCACAUGAAGACGCUUCUCACGGAAGGGGUGGUCCUCGGAAAUGCCACAGCUCGAGCGCUGAGCUUCGCACCACGUCAUCCUGAAACCAGGCUCUAUGGAGAAGAAAGUGAAUGGUCUCAGAUUUUUGUUGGGGGCUACCAGUGGCUGGUAGAUGAAGGACGUGGUGGGCGACACAUGGAUGGCAGGACACGAUUCUUUUACCAGGCCACUUUGAACACACCUGCGAUGGUUCUGAAGCUCGUUGGUGUUGGUUCCCAAUAUGCUGGGAUUUACCGCGAUGAAAACCACCAAUACUUGGACGGAGGCAAAUGCUACUCACUAACGUUGCCACCAAAUGUGCCCGCAAAAGACUUUUGGUCCGUGGUGGUCUAUGAUGCUCAAACUCGGUCAAUGCUGCAAACAGAGCAGGUAUCGCCAGGUCGCAACUCUGUUCGGCAUCCUGACAUGAAAGCAAACUCUGACGGCUCUACCACCUUGUGGUUUGGGCCAAGCGCACCAGGAGGUAAAGCAACGAACUGGAUUCAGACGAUCCCUGGAAAGACUUGGUUCCUAUACCUCCGACUGUAUGGUCCUGGAGAAGCUUGGUUUGACAAGUCCUGGAAACCCGGAGAAUUGCGUGAGGAUUGUGUGAUUGCCAUCAAUGAGGCCCUGCUGCCCAGGCACGACGUUUCUCCGCAACUGCGUCUCCGGAUUUUGUUGGCGCUGCUGCACUGGGCUGGCAGCACCUUCAACCCGGAGCAACUGGAAGAUCUUCGAACCAUGCUGAAGGAUCUCGAAUGGAUCCCACUUGCUGAUGGGUACGGUGCCGUUAGCGCCACCUUUGACCCUGACGCAAAACUUCCUCCGCUUCACGUAGUCACGCGCUACCUGACUGCAAAGUAUGUUUGGCAAGCCUUGCGUUCCUGCGGCAUGAAGAAGGAAAUCACAUGGGAGGAUGCACUGGAGGAGGCUGAGCAUAUUUCCCACUCUGGUGACCAUAACUUGUCCAAGAUUCUAUUCAAACAUUUGGGACAGAACUAUUCAGCGAUGCACGGUAAGAAGGAGGAGUGUAUGGACAAGUUGAAGGGGUUGAAAUGGGUGUUGGCACACCCGCACCAAGAUGCCGCUUCCAAGAGUCCGCACACAUCACGAGGAACGGUCUUGAGAUCGCUGUCCGAGAUUUUUCCAGUGUCAGAGUUUGACUUCGUAUGGGCUGUGGAAAGCACCCUUCACACGGAGCUUGACGUGCCAGUGCCGGCCUUCUUGAAAGCGAGCAGGUCUGUAAAGUCUGAGCCAACAGUUUUGGUAUCCCAGUUGGAGGCCUGUGCAAGAGCUGCGUCACUCGACGAAGUUUAUGGCUGCCCUACCCAAAUUCACUUUAGCCUGUUUGCGGAGGUUGGCCUGGUCACCUUGCCUGGGCCGGAUGACACACCUACUGAGCAACCUCCCCGCACUGGUCUCGUACCUCCCGAGAAGUUGUCCGACUUCACCAUCCCAAUGAAGGAGCUGUAUGAGAAUCACAAAGAGUCAGCAGCAAGACUGCUGAAGCCCCUGCGUGAUUUAGCUUUCCUUCCAUGCAUGCCCAAAAGUGAAGGUGGUGCUAUAUUGUUCCAGUUGGAGCAUGCUGCCCUCGAAUCUGACCAGGGGCAUCAGAAGCUUCUGCCAGUUUUUGGCAUUGUGCAUUCUGAUGUGCGAGAGCUGGCAGUGCAGAUUGGAGUAGAAAAACGGCCUGGUGUCAGCAGCCUUGUGGAUUGCAUCCCAAGGUUCGGUGCAGAAAUGGCAGUUGUACUGUGCACAGAGCUUGCGGGUCGCUUAGAAAAGUAUAAAGACGAUGCUCUUUUGUACAAGGCCGUGCUUGCAAAUUUGCAGGUUCCAACUGCCACGGGUCAGUUUUUGCCACCUCGAGAGGUGUACGUCAACGAUGCUCCGUGGACACGUAGUGGUCCCGUUGAGACCCUCGAUGAAAGGAUUUCACACGUGCAUGGAAGAAGGCUGGGUUGCACAUCCGUUCGUAACAAGCUGGCUCAAGAGUGUGAGGAUGGUAGCGACGAGGAGGAUGCAUUCGGACAAGAGGCAGAUCUGGUUGAUCAAGUGGAGUUAAUCCUCAAGGAUUACAGUAGCCCCAGCGAUGUCGUUGCCGAAUUUUUCCAAAACACCGACGACUUUGGUGCUUCGCACCUUGUGUUUGCUCUCUCAGAUACAACUUAUGAUGGGAAAAAAGUUGUGGACCAACGCUGUGAGGCAUUGCAGGGUCCUGCGCUCUACAUUUGCUCAAGCAAGCCUUUGGAAGAGGAGGACAUCAAGAGGAUGCAGAAGGUGGGCGGCUCGGCCAAGAGCCACGACUUUCAAAGCACUGGGCGGUUUGGUAUCGGGAUGAAUGUCAUGUACAGAUACAGCGACUGCCCCCAGCUCUUGGCAAACGGCCGCCUGCACUUCUUCGAUUUGCAAAAGAGAUUUGUUGCACGAAAGAAAGGGAAACGUGGCCGCAAAUUCAGGAUCGAAGAGCUGCAAGAGUUUUUCCCGGAUAGCGUUGCUCCUUUCAAAGACUUCAUGCAUUACCCUGUUAUUUUUCGUCUUCCCCUACGCACCAAGCAGUCCAGAUUGGGUGAAAGUGUGAAUCUGAGUUCAGUUCAAAGUGACCUACAAUGUGCCCAAAAACAAGCGCCUUCAAUGCUUCUGUUUUCCAAGUCAGUGAGGAGAAUAAGUUUCAGCGGUCCAAGUGACUUCACUGCUAGCCAUGAGGCAGUAAUGGAUGAGGCGCAGGAACAGAAACACAAAGAAUUCUUCGCAUCUCUUCCAAAGACGCUGGCCGAACUUGACCACGGAGAAGACAGACAGCUUUGCGUUAAGAAGCGGAUUGUCAGUCAGCUGGGAGGUAAAGAUCAUGAACGCGAAUGGGUCGUUGCCCAUACAUUGGCUUUGUCCUCCAAAAGUUUGCUGAACAUUUGUGCUGCGCUCUUUGCAGAACCUCUUGGCGAUGCGCUUUUGCCACUGGCUGCUGCAGCUGCCCCGUUGGACGAUAAGGAUUCACAGGGAAGGACACUGGGACAAGCUUCGAGUCUAGUUAUGUAG